AUGAAAUUGGAAGUGUGUUACGAUGAUGGUGAUGAAACAACAACACCAUCACCAUCAACUCCACCAACAACACCAUCACCAGAAUCAACAGUCGUUACGGAUACACCGACAACAGCACAGCCAUCAGAAUCGACACCAUCGCAGCCAUCCGAAACAACAACACCAACAACCCAACCUGCAGAAACCACAACAGUAGCACCCGGUGCGCCCGAAACAACAGUGCAACCUCCAGCUGCAGAAACAACUACAACGACAGCACCAGAAGUUCCAGAAACCACCACAGUAAAACCUCCAGCUCCGGAAACAACAACAGUAGUAGUAGAAACGCCUGCUCCGGAAACAACAGUAGUACCCCCAGCAGAAACACCAGCUCCCGAAACAACAGUAGCCCCAACAGCUCCCGAAACAACAGUAGCCCCAGCUGUUCCCGAAACAACAGUAGUACCCCAAGCUGAAACGCCUGCUCCAGCAGUUCCCGAAACAACAGUAGUACCCCCAGCUGAAACACCUGCUCCAGCAGUUCCCGAAACAACAGUAGUACCUCCAGCUGAAACGCCAGCUCCAGCAGUUCCCGAAACAACAGUAGUACCCCCAGCUGAAACGCCUGCUCCAGCAGUUCCCGAAACAACAGUAGUACCGCCAGCUGAAACGCCUGCUCCAGCAGUUCCCGAAACAACAGUAGUACCGCCAGCAGAAACGCCUGCUCCAGCAGUUCCCGAAACAACAGUAGUACCCCCAGCUGAAACGCCAGCUCCAGCAGUACCCGAAACAACAGUAGUACCCCCAGCUGAAACGCCAGCUCCAGCAGUACCCGAAACAACAGUAGUACCCCCAGCUGAAACGCCUGCUCCAGCAGUUCCCGAAACAACAGUAGUACCCCCAGCUGAAACGCCUGCUCCAGCAGUUCCCGAAACAACAGUAGUACCGCCAGCUGAAACGCCUGCUCCAGCAGUUCCCGAAACAACAGUAGUACCGCCAGCAGAAACGCCUGCACCUGGAGCAACAGCUCCCGAAACAACUGUCAAACCUGCCGAAACUCCUGCAGAAACUAAAUCUGCCUCAGCAAUUCUUUUAAGAAAUUAUCGUGCCCUAUCACGUAGCCGUCGUAUGACUGCAUCUAAUGGUACCGGAUACGCUUGCUAUACCGUGGAAUAUAAAG